AUGGCGUUUGCGGACCAAUUCGCUGUACCAGCCUACAUUCUACGUCACUUUGACAUCUCGGCCAGCCCUUGGAUAGAUGACUCUGUGGCUGGAUCUAUCGAGCAGCGCAGACACAGCUCGCCGGGAAAAAAGCUCUUCUAUGACAGGCUGCUAGACAUCGCCGGGAUUAAUGGCCCAUCAGUGUACCCUCCUCGAAACCCAGCGGAUAUUCGCAGACUCCUCCAUUCUAUCGACUCUACAGAUCUCGAUAGACUGAAGAAGGAUUGCUACUUUUACUAUCUCCUCAAAGACUUUGACGCGCAGCCCAAAGCUGUCGUGGUCAACGGCUACGGGGAGGGAGACGAGAUGGACCUGGAUAGUGGGGCGCUUGUCAGGCCUGGUGAUGAGCAAGUGGUGGGGCGCGCGGUCCAGUUCGCAAAGAAGCGGUGCAUGCCUAGUCAAUGGAGGCUGUUCAUUGACGGGUAUUGGUCUCUCGAUCAUGGACUGUGGGAGGAUGCUGUUGGCAGUCUCUCUGAUCCCUCGAUCUCAGAGAUCAAUUUUAUCCCCGAGAUAGUAAAAGCCCUAUCAUCUUCCGUUUCUACUCCCAGACUCGCCUCAGCGUUACUGCACUCCCUCUUGCUCACGACCCAGACGGAGCUGCCGUUUGGCACACCGGAGAAUGAAAUCAGCGUGGUAGCGACAGCUUCUGCAGCUUCCUUGAGUGAAGCUUUCGCCAUCAUUCGACGAGCACCGGAUGCGCAAGAUCAAUCAAAGCUCCGUGAAGCUGUCUGGUGUUGGGCUCUGGGAGCACCCAAGACUUCUUGCGGCCAGGGCUCUCACCCCGUCCAACCCAAGGCGUUGAGAGAGUUGCUGCAUAUCCCGCUCUUGCCGAGCGAAGAAACCCACUUGAUCGACUUUCUCUCCCGUCCCUCUCGCACCAUUACCACAACCGCUAUCUCGCAACUACACGACCUCGUCACUCUCCGACUCAUCCAUCAGGGCAACUACAGUCAAGCUCUGCAGCUCGACAAACAGCUAGCUGGCAGUGCAGGCAAACAGGAAGACAAGGAGAGAAGAAGCGAGAUUGUCAGAGGAUUCAUCUCGGUACUGCCAGAAGUGCAUAGGAGAGUGCUGUUGGCGGAUUUGGAGAGUGGUGCCGGCAAGCAGAUGGUGAACGGCAAUACGGAGGAUGUGGACAUGGGAUGGACAGACGGCAUUGUAGAUGCUCCUACUUCUGUAUCCACACCUCCUGUGGCCGUCCCCGCUCAGCCAUUCGCAUCAACACCUGUCAGAUCGGCCUCUUCGUCCUCCCUCGCUCAUAUCUCUCGUGCCGCACCCCAGCAAGCUUCCCCCGCCCCUGAACGCGUCAGCUCACCGUUCCACGGUCCCCCUCGCUUUGCUGCCGCCCCGGAUCCUUCCACCUCCAUUUCUUCCCCUCGCCAGACCCAGGCGUUCAGCGGCAGUCCUUUCAGCUUGCCUCCAAAGUCUGCAGCUGCCCUCGCACAAAAAGCUGCACAGGAAAAGAAGGUGUUGCCGAAGACGGUUGUGAAUGAUGACGUGGAGGAGGAAGAGGCCCUGUUGAGAGGAUCUGUGAGAGGCAAAGGAAAGCCGUCUGCAAAGCAAGGAGAAAUAAGGAGGUCUGCGAGACAAUCAUCAAAGAGCUUGGAGCCUGAAGAGUUGGAUGAGAACCACCCCAUCGAGCCUAUUGCUGAGGACAUCCCGUGGUCUCCCCCAGCCGAGACCCUUUCCAGAUCCACCAAACGCGCAUCCUCUAUCAGGCGCGAGACUCGUGCUACGGUCUCUCCCCCUCCUGUACCAUCUGCACGACGGUCGACUCGUGCCCGCCAAAGCGUUGCUGCAGUAGAGGACGAUGCUCCUCCUGCUCGGCGCACUCGCGGUGCCUCUGCCCACCCCGAACCACCCACCCCCGCCCGCUCGCGCAUGACCCGCUCCGUCUCUCGCGCCCUAGCCGACUUUAGUGACGACGAGAGCGUCCCUGGCUUGCCUCCUCGUUCUACCAAAAAGACUGCACCUGCGAGUACGAGGAAGAAGAGAAGGGGAAGUGUAGCGGCGAGUGAGGUCACGGAAGAUGGGGAUAGGGCUACCGAGCUCGAGACGCCUCGGGCAAAGAGGACGAGAAGAAAUGUAGCUAGUCCAACGCCCAGUGCUGCUGGGAGCGAGGUAGGAAAGGGAAGAAAGACGAAGGAAGUGGCUACGAGAACACCGAGAAUGGCUACGAGGUCGAGAAAAGCAUAG